AUGGAUUCAGGGGGGAAUGGUAUGGCAGGUCGGAGUACUAUUCCAUGGCGAUCCAAUACUGCGACAUCGUCUCACUCUGCGACGCAGCGGGCUUCGCCGUUGGUUGUGUCGGUGGGAGACGAGCUUCCGACAUCGUCGGCUGAUACCCCUAUGCUCGGCGAUCCAUCGCGCAUGCUAUCAUCCUCACCCACCCAUAUGCAUAUCCUCGAUAUGGGCGAGUCUGCGCCGUCGCUUCCCACCUCGCAGUCCACACGCAGUGAGAAUGCCAUGGCCUCAUCUUCACGCUUCGGCGAGUCAGAAACAUCGGCUACGGGUGUGUCUACAGCAGAGCCUCCCAAUCAGCUCUCUCACAAUGUGGUACUACUCUUGGAACCCAGCACGCGGGUAUUGUACAUGUUUGGCCCAUUGCAGGUCACAGGCAGUUAUUCGCUUUCGGGGCAUGUUCGAGUGAGUUUGCCGCAUGCGAUGAGUGAGUGCCAGGAGAUGGAAUUGCAAUCACUACGUGUGACGUUUACCGGCUACUCGAUGUACAUCGACAGUUCUGGCCGGUUUUCUGCGCUGCGCCUAUGUGAGAUCCAGCAUGACGUUGUCUCUGCGCCUGUCACGUUGGAGCUGCCGCCGAAUGGCCCAACGAUGCAUGAAGCGGACUUUGAUUUGUUUGUGCCGGGCUGGGUCCCUGCCUCGCUGAGUACGCGGUCGUCUAGCACGUUUUACAAACUCGAGGCGGAGGCUGUCUUGUGCGACGUGCGCUCUGACAAGUUCCGCAGUGCCCCGGCAUCGCCGUUGUUGCCUGAUUUGGUUACAGCGGCACCUUCCUCGUCCUUGAGGCCCCCUGUAACGAUCCGCAGUGCGCCUAUGUUGGUCGUGGUGCAGCGCACACGCGAUCUCGUACCGAUUCCCGUGGCGCAAACAGCUGUGUUUUCCGGCACAGAUGUAUCCCUAGGACCAUCGACCCAAGCGAAUGCGAACCCAUUCCGUCGUGAAACGAAUCCAUUCCGACGUGCGAUGAGUGCUGAGUCCACGCCCAAUCUGUCUGGUACGGCACCAUUGUCCACGCCUUCCACACCAUCUCUGUCCAAGGACCUGCCACCACCACCACCGUAUACGUCAGCGGCGUCUGCCUCCGCAUCGGUACCGUCUACGCCGCAAAUACCGGCGGCUGUUCGACCUAAACCGAAGCCAGUACCGUUGCGCAACUACAGCCACAAAGCCCGCCUGUAUUUGCCCACGCCUGUGCUUAUCAAAAACGUGUCCCAGGAGUUUUUGCCAAUUCGUAUGACAUUAUCGGUGCCUGGUCACUCUCCUACACAUACGUUCUCGUACGGCGAGCAAUCGCCGCUCAUUUUUGGGCUGCAAAUUGAGCUGGACCCUAUGUGGCAGCACGCUAAGCAUUGGCGCGACUUGCGGCUGUGUGAAUUGGAAGCUGUGUGUAUCCAGAUGGAGAAGUACAGUUCGGUUCUUUCGCGCAGUUAUUGCAUGGCCUUUGCCCUACCGACGCAGCCAGAGUCGCUCGUGCGGGCUCAUGACCUACCGCAAUUUGAAGAUGUGCCUUCGACGUUGGGGAUGGCUACACCGCAAAGCGCUGCUGGCAUGCCGGGCCUCAUACCUCAUCCCUACCACCGCCCCCUGCUGGAAAACCGGUUGCGUUUGGAGCAGGCGGGCACGGCGCCUAAAGAUCGGCAGAACAAUGUGGAACGCCUCCGAGCCUAUACAGUUGGCCCACUGCCGGAUAAAAAGCAGGCCUCUUCAUCGUCCAAGGCGGACGAAAAGCGCGCUACGGGCAAAGGAAAGGAAGCUGCAAGUACAUCAGGGGCCCUCUCUUCGCCGCCGAGCUCCAAAACGAGCAAGCUGGCAUUGGGCCGUGGACGACGGACCGUCUCGACGGCCAUUUCGCGCUUCUCUGUGUUUUCAGGUUUACGUGACCACGACGAGUCGUCCAGUCAUGCAGGCAGCACGCCGUCUGCGACAAAUCAGGCGAGCAGCGCAAGCUCGUCGCGGCCUACGUCACCUGGCCUCGAGGAUCCCAAGGCCACGACAGCCAGUACGUCUGAACAUACCAAGGCGUCGUACGUGUUUGAUGGCGAUGAUGGCUACGGUUUGAUGCUCUCGCAGAAGCGUGUGCGUCUUUCGUUCAGUUUGCCGAUGGUCCCAAGUUAUGGACGUGCGUCCUUGAAGAAUCAGAUGCCGCAGCUCCUGCCUGACUAUGAGAGUCCUCACAUGCGCAUUCGACAUAAGCUCAAGGUCAAAAUGCGUUUCGGAUUUGGCGCUACAGCGCUGGGUUCGGCGGCCGGCGUGCAGAGUGUGGUGAUGAGUGUGCCAGUACGCUUCAGCGAGGCGCCACCUGUGGAUGCGCUCUCGCAAGCGCCGCCAUUGGUGCUGCCUACCAGUGCGCAUUCGUACGUGCCACGCGAUCAAGAGAUGGGCGAGGCGUUGCCGGGUGCGUAUGCACAAGCGUCGCAUGCCUCGCAGACGCCGCACGAUGCACAGCGGUACCUUCCUGCAUAUACGCAGCUUUUCCGCGAAGAUGGGUCGCGUUUGGAAGACGAUGCGGAAGUCUUGCCGCCGUACCCGGACCAGUAUGUGACGUUGCCAGGAUCGGAAACGAAUCAGCUGGAUAGUGCGUUUGCCGCGUACCUGCAAAUGCACUUGACCUUGGCCACGGCGGAGGAGCGUGAAGGCAAGACGGCUGCGCCAGUGAGUGUUGUGGAUGCCAUCAAUGCCGAGGAUGAUCAGCUGUACAAUAUGCAGACGAUGGCCGAUGAUAUGAUGAUGGAAGACCGCAUGGUGCAAGAUGAGGACGAUGAUGCAGAGACGGCCUCGGAUGGCGAGGACGACGACGAAGUGGUGUUGACAACCACACAGUCGCAACCAUCGCAGCUUACCACGAUCACGUCGUCUUCGUCGGUGGACGGUCUACGUGUCGCGCAGGACCGCAGUCUCUCGCCGUUGCCGCAGUUGCAGAUGGCGCAGCCCUCGUACUUGUCCAGCACUACAUCGUUCGGACAAGCGUCGACGCCGUUGUCCGUGUCAGCAUCCCUCACAGCGCCGGUGGCGCCUGCGACCCCUCCGUCGGUGGCCACCGGCAUUACGUCGCCGGAAAGCAUGACCACGGCCUUGCCUCACGAGGCCACGGUAUCGCCCACGCCACGCCCUACGAUCUCUUCCGCGAUGCCUGCCCCAAUUGUCUUGCCGAAUACCUCGUUUGUGAUGCCCUUCGGGCCUGCCUCGUCCUCGUCGUCGUAA